GGCAAGAUGGCGGCGCCCAUGGGCAGGAUUUGAUGGAACAUCAGGGGCAGGGAUCUGCACGGAAUUUAGAAUCUGAGAUUGAAUUUGGUGGGUAGGAGUCCCCACGGAAGCGGCCAGGCCAGGCUGGUUUAAAGUAAGGGAUCCCUGGCACCUGCUGGAGGAUUCUGAGCCAGGCUUUUCCUCCAGGAAUCUGGAAGAUUGCUACCCUUUAACACCCCCCCCCCCAAAAAGAGGAUAGAGAAAGCUCCAGAUAUUGCUGAUCUGUCGGAUCUUUCUAAGUAUUACCUGUCUACCUGAGCACUGAUUCCCUUGAUUGAAGCUAUAUAAAUAUAUACACUGCAACAAUAUAUGUAUGCAAUAUCGCAAUGGUGUAUGUCAGUGUGUAUUUUAAAAAGAGAAAGAGUAACCACGUGUAACCUGAUACAGUGACGAUUUUGAAAGAGAGCGGAGUUUCUGUUGGAUGGUUGCUUUUCUUUAACCUCUACAAUGUGGCGUGGCAACUUACAGCUCCUACUCUCCAGCAUCCCUCUUGCAGUUCGACAUCAACGUCCGGUUUUCCGUGUUCGUGGACCAGUAUUUUUGCCCCUGAAUUUGAGGAAGCCAUAUACACCGCAACCCGAAAGGAAGAGGUUUUACCAGAAUGUUAGCAUCUGUCAAGGUGAAGGAGGCUUCGAAAUCAACCUGGACCAUCGGAAGCUGAAAACCCCACAAGGAACACUCUUCACGGUGCCCAACAAGACCCUGGCGCUGGCAGUGGCGACGGAGUGGGACUCCCAGCAGGACACCAUCAAAUUCUUCACCAUGCACCUGACGACCUUAUGCAACACAGCUCUAGACAAUCCAUCACAGCGAAGCAAAGAGCAGCUCAUCAGGGCAGCUGUGAAGUUCUUAGAGACGGACACAAUAUGCUACCGGAUGGAGGAGCCCCCUGCCUUGGUGGAAUUGCAGAAAAAUGAGUGGGAUCCUGUAGUUGUGUGGGCAGAAAAAAGGUACGAUGUAGUCAUUGGCUCUUCAACAAGCAUUUUGGGUCCCAGCAUCCCGCAGAGCACCAAAGACACCUUCAUCAGCCACCUGGCAUCCUAUAACACCUGGGCUUUGCAUGGCAUAGAAUACAUGAUCACACAACUGAAGUCUCUGAUUCUCGCAAUGGGCCUCCUGGACAAACACCUGACAGUGGAGCAAGCUGUCCUUCUGUCCCGCCUCGAGGAAGAAUACCAGAUCCAGCACUGGGGGAAUGUAGAGUGGGCCCAUGACUAUGAUGUGCAUGAGCUGCGUGCCCGCACAGCUGCUGCCACCCUUUUUGUUCACCUGUGCUCAGAGAGUUCCACUGUCAAGCACAAGCUGAUGCAGGACUAACGCUCAAGGGUGAAGAAGGGGCUCAUGUCAGUAUGCUUGGGACUGAACAACCAAUGGAGCUGGGCAGCUGGUGGUACUGAAAUGCUGCUGCCUCAAGGGCUAGAGAAGAGCUGCAGCUUAGCCUUGAUUCUCCAUGUGGGCUUGCUGUUAUCUGUGUCUGUUUCCCCAGUGGCCUUAAGGAGAUGAGGGUGUUCUGAUAAUAGUGGCCUUCUGCAUGGACCUUUCCAUAACCUCCUAUGUGAAUGAAUUUUCAUGAACUCCUGGAGCCUGUCUGAUUUGGGGAAAUGCAGUAUUGAGCUCAUCAGGAACCAAAAUGGCUCCCCUUUCCCCCCAUGCCUAACUGGGGAUAGCCUGUAUCAACAUCUUUACUAUCAUUCAGAAUUAAAGCAGAGGUGCGGCCGAGCCUGGGUUCUUCAAGGACUUGAGGGUGAAUGUUGAUUCGCAGUUGGUCGAGGGUGCCCUCUCAGUUCUAAGGUGGGAUCUACCAUGACAAAAGUACCUGCCGAACUGGCACCUAUACCUCCCCUCCCUCCUGUGAGCCCCUAACUUCUGCAAAUAGGUCCUAUCCUAGCUCUACUACAGGCCUCUCAAGAUAGCUAAAACAUUUAUGCAGCAGAGCAAAAGUCACUCUGCCCCCCUCCAAUCCUCCCUCCAAAUUUGAUUCAAUGCUGCUGUUUGCCACUGUGCACAACUUGUUAAUAUAUAUAUAUUUAAAUAAAGGCUUCACAACUGAUGGAUUUCAGUGUCAGAGUGUGGCUUUGCACCCACGGCGCACAGCAGUUUGUAAUAAUGUUGCCUUUUUCAUGAUGUGAAUGUGGGUGGAUAGUGGGGGGGGGGGAGUCCCCAUGGGCACAAUUGAUUUGUAAU